CCCGAGGCUGUUUAAAAGCUAAUGGAGUUUCCUGAAGGGACCAGCUUGAAGGUAGCAAACAGAGGCUUAAUAUUUUAUUCAGUGUUAAGCUGUUUAUACUGUACUGUGGCAGCAGGCAACUCUGACUAUCAAAGGAUCUGAAUUACGAGUCGAAGUGCAAGAUGAAGUUUUCCCUUUUGGUGAUUUUCUACUUGAUCAAUUCUCCUGGAGUUAGCUGUCAUUCAGACAGUGAUUCGGACAGUGAUUCAGACAGUAACGAGGUCAGAAGGAAUCAUCAUAGCACUAGCAGUGAGUCUGACAGUAAUGAGCGUGGCAGUCGUCCCCCACCGGUACCGUCCUUGACUUGGCUUGAUCUGUUGCCACUGCUUCAAAGACUGUUGACACCCCCUCCACCACGUACUGCUCCACCUCCAGUCCCAACUACAACCCGAACCACGACCCCAGUCCCAACUACAACCUCAACUACAACCCCAACCACGACCCCAGUCCCAACUACAACCUCAACUACAGCCCCAACUACGACUGCAGCCCCGACUACGACUGCAGCCCCAACUACAACAACUGUUGUUACUACCACCGAGAGUCGAGGAGACAACGGAUAAACUGGGAUGAUCUGAGAGAGACAGCAGAUUGAAUGGCUUUACUUCCAUGUUACAACAACAGAAAGGGUCCUCAGUUAUAUGGAAAUACAUUUUCUGGACUUUUUAUUGAUUCAUAUAUGUUGGCAGUAUUUUAUUAUGUUGAUGCCGUGUUUGAACCAGAUUUCAUUUACUUUUAUAAAAAAUUAUAAAUAUAUUAGUUAGUGGUACAUUUUUUAAAAUUUCAGUAUUGCUUCAGCAACAAUUUCCACAUUCCCAUGUAUUUUUUUCUUGACUCCUUUGAUGUUGAUGUUGAUGAUUAUCACUUUCUGUCCAAUUUUAAUCAGCAAAAUGUGUCCUUCUUUAUCUCUUUUUAUGUCUCAGGCUGUAUAAAACCAGAAGAAUGUAAUGAUAUAUGUGAUAUAUUUGUGUAUAUGUGUUUUGGAACAUUUGGUACAUUUGAGACAGGCACUUCGUCAGGGUGCAAUUAUGAGUUUUGUUGGAGGCUGGUCUCAGGACAGUGCUGGAGACACCUGUGGGAAGAUGCUGACGACAAGUCGGUGUAAUAUCCACCCAGUGGGCACACACAUCACCAUCCCUGGAUCAACGCAGCUUAAGAAAGGGAUGAGUCUUGAGCCGUUAAUACCUGACUCUUUGCUUCAUCAGUGACUCAGCCUUUUGACUAUUCCCAUCCAUUGCGUUCUACUGCCAACUCUGCAUUUAUUCACAGACACCUUGGCAAAAAUAUGCACAAUUGCAUUAACAUUCUCACAAAUAUACACCUGUCUCUUAUUGCACAGCCUAAUCACAUUUCUUCGUGUUGUGUUUGCACCAAAACAAAGGGUUUUGCACAGCUAGUCAUUAUGAAUGUAAUCUUAUUUCUCAGUUUUCCUCGAAUGUCAUGUGUAACCUGUAAACCUUGUUAAAUAAUGUAAACCAGUAAAACAACAAACAGAGGUUGGUGAAAAUCCAUACUUUCGGCUUAUGCACUGAAUGAUCACUUUUGCAUGUUUUUAUUGGGGGAGCGGUUUGAAAAAUUAAAUGUAACGUAAAGCAAGAUACAUGUUGACAUAGCGUUUUUGUUAUGGAUGCUGUGGCAUAUUCUGUAUAUUCACAAGAACAAUAUCAGAACCGGAGUAAAUACAGAUGCUGCAGUGCUGUUAUACUACAGCUAUUACAUCAACUUUCUGCCCCCGGCUUUUGUCUGCUCCCUUGUGUAUACCUGCAAUCUCUGACUGGGUUCAACUGAAAAGACAACAGUAACACAGUAAAUGUUACAGCACAAGAAUUAGUGACAAGGUCAUAUGUUUGUCAUGUCUUCUACAAAAUUUAAUUACAAUUAAAAGUUCUUUCAUGAUGAUACACAACA